AUGGCGGCCGUGCAGCGGCCGAGGAAGAGGACCCUUUUUACCUCCUCGGAGGGCAGAGGUGAAGAGGAGGCCCCUCCCACGACUGUGAGUGAGGCCCCCCCUGUGAUUGAAGAGGCUAUGGUCGAGGUGUCGUUCGUAAAGAAGGCGGCCGCUGCCCACAUGGUGGUCGAGGAGGCGGGAGCCGCAGAGACGACGGCUGAAGAGGCGGCUACUGCCGAGGAAGUGGCCGAGGCGCUGGAUGCUGAGAUUGCGAUCGCAGAGGUGCCGCCUGCCGAGGAGGCCGCGGAGGGAGUGACCGAAGAGAUCGCCGAAAAAGUCGCCAAAGAGGCCGCUGAGGGAGUUACCGAAGAGGCCGCCGACGAGGACGGCGAGGAGGCCCAUGAAGAAGCCGCUGAGGAAGUAACCGACGAGGCCGCCGACGAGCCUGCCGUGGACGUGCCAAGUGGGCCUUUGAUGUCCGCCCCUUGUCGCCCAAGCGAUAUCUCCUUUCGCUCGCCUCCCCAAUUGUCGCCGCCGCUGGCCAUGGUUGCCGCGACCAUGCCUCCUAUGCCGUCGUUCCAAGACUCGAUGGUCGUGGCCGAGUCGGUGAUGACUAGAGCCACGGUCGUGAGUGUGCCGAGUCUCCUGCGGACUACUUCGGCGGUCAUGACCGACCUUUCGCUCCCCGAAGCCACCUCCUCCGACGACCUUGACGAGUUAUACGCCAGCCUCCAUGAGGAAGGGGGAAGCUCGACCUCGGCUCCCUUGGACGAGGAUUCCAAGACCGUUAUCGAAUGGCUCUGGGAGUUCCUUCUCCUUGAUGUUCGGCAGAUGACCGCUGCUGGGGCGAUUUCGGAGUUUAGGUCCUGCUUGGAUACGGCCAUGGCGCUCGGUCUGCUCGACUCGGCUCAACUGGAUGAACUGCAAGCCCGCCUGGCAGAAGGCGAGGAGAUGAUCGCCCAGUAUUCUGAAGCCGUCAUGCGGAUGGUUGAGGGGAGCUCGCUCGAGCAAGAUCUGGAGGUGAUUAAAGAACAAGUUCAACCUGCAAUGGUUCGGCUGAAAGAAAAUGAUCUCGUCGUCCAACGAGAAAAUGAAGAGCUUGCGCAGGUUGAGGCCCAGAUUGCCGAGCUCCAGCCCUUCCAAAACCGGGGAGCCAUAUCCGCUGAACCUCGCGACUUGGUAGUUUGGCCAGAACCAGAUGGCUCUUCCUCUCCUGCUGUCCACCAAUUGUCUUUCGUCUUGGAAAGUCGACGUGAGCCAGAACCAAAAUGCGGCCGAGAUUCCUUCCCAACCCUGGAGGAAGAUGACCUUCCUCCCUAUGAGGCCGAGGAGAAACUGCAAUGCGAUUGA